AUGGAAAGGGCUAUCCAAGGGUAUCUGGUGGCUGUGGACACUAAUCGUCAGCCGGGGGAAUUGAUUUUUGAGGCAGCAGUAGUAGAGGGCUUUAGGCAAUAUCGCUUAGAUGAAAGGAGAUCACCCCCCUAUGUGAAGUCCCUUGUGCAGGUGCACCCGAGGGUAGGCCGUCUGACUCUGCUAGAGGGGCUACAUUGUGACAACCUCUAUUACCCAGACACAUUCACUGUCUACGUAGAGUCUGUCUCGGAUCGCCUGGGUAAACCGGAGUACUACAGCAUGCCCAUCAAGGUGAUCGUAAUUGGGAAGAACUGCGAUAAUAAUGAUGUUGAACAGAACAACCAGCUUUGGAUGCACCAUGAUCGUACCGUGAUCGACGACGAGCAUGACGAAGGCGAGUGGAGCAGCCCGAGUCCAUUCUAUUCAUCACAUGGAUCAUCGAAAGCGCGACUAAUCAAUGCUCGUCGAUGGCUCUGCAGACAAUUUGAAUCAGGUCACUUUGGAAACUCUUUGUUGGUUGGUGACAAAGGUUAUCCUAUUAAACGCUAUUAUAUGAGACCAUUAAAUACAACUACAACUCCUGCUGAAGAAUUAUACAUGUACAAUGUUAUAGAGAGAAGCUAUGGAGCUUGGAAAAGAAGAUUUCCAUCUCUAGCUAUGGGUCUCAGAGUUCAUCUUGAUACAGCUCAAGCAAUUAAUUACUGUAGGAACAGCAGUGCUACAUAA